AUGAGUCAAACAUCAGUCGCAUUUCGAACAAAGUUUACACCACUAGAAGUCGAAGCCCUCAAUGAGAUCUUCGAAAAUCACAAGCAGUAUCCCAAUCGAAAAGUGAUGGAAAACACGGCCGACCUUCUCGAUAAACCUCCUCAAGUCAUCAAGAAUUGGUUCCGAAAUAAGCGAAAAUCACUUCACUGGCGAAGAACCCGUCGACAUCACAAUCAAUCAUCGCCAUCAUCAUCCUCUCUCUCGCCGACAACUGAGCAGGAAACUCCUUCACCACCACCACCUGCAUCACCGAAAUCAAAUGACGUCCCUGAUUCUCCCGCUUUCAUAAAACAAGAGAUCCAGCAGCCGGAAGAACAAGAGGAAAUCAAGCAGGUUGAGAUCAUCCAACCUUCAUCCCCCUUCAACUCGCAGUUCUACGCCGAUUCGCUUCGAAUAAACCAGACCUACUACCUCCAGCAUUUUUUCUUUAAUACCUACUUUCCUAUCACAUCUGCUUCUCCUGUUUUCUUUCCUAUUUCUCAAUAA